AUGGCUCCUGACCCGUCCGCUACCCCUGGCAACGGCGACGGCGCUCCCCCGUCGCCGGAGCUGAUCCAGCCACCCAGCCCCCACCCAACCCAUCCGACCUCAGAUCUGAAAUCCCCGGAGCCGAAUCUAUCGCGACAUGUGAAGGUUCCGGGUAUCCUGCAGCAGUUUGAGGAAGCAUCGGAGCCUAGAAGCACAGGUUCGGCGCCGCCCCAAUCCCUUCCCGCACCGCCAGCCAGCCUGGCGCCGGCAGCCACCUCCAGCGCCCCUGCCACUCCGGCAACGGCGACCACCACCACAACCGCUGACACCCCCGCCGCACUAAGCGCAGGUUUGGCGUCCCAAGCCCUCCCCACGCCGCCAGCCAGCCCAGCUCCGGCGGCCACCUCCAGCGCCCCUGCCGGGGUGGCAGCGGCGGCCACCACCACAACCCCUGCCACCCCCGCCACACUUGCAAGCAGUGAAGGCGCCACUGAGGAAGUGGAGCUCCUUGAUUGGGGCGACUCUGAUAGUGAGGAGGACCCAGCUGAAGAAACCAGCUCUGAAGCUUCAGCGGCCAAGAUCUGCAGCCGCCCUGUUCUCGGUGUGCCUGUAGCUGCGGGCCCGGCCACCAACGUCGUUGGCGUCUUGCCUUCAGGUGUCGAUUCAGUCGACCCGCUUCAUCCCGUCAUUGGUCCUGACGCGGCUGGGGUGAGCAGCUCAAGGGUGCCGGCCGUACCAUCCGUGUUGAAGCCACUGCCAUGGUUGAGCCCGUUCAGGCCAACAAGCGUGCCGACGCCCUCUGCCGCGGCCACUGGCCGUCACAAGAUGGUGUGGAGGAGGCUGAAGGUGACGGAAGAUUCCACUGUGUGGCUACCAGAGCAGAAGGCUCAAGGUUUCAAGCAGCUUGCCAGCUCUCAGCCUAGCAGCUGCUGGGAGCUCGGGGAGUCUUCGGGAGCUAAUGCUCGGCUAGAGCUUCCGCCUUCGCCGAGAUGGCAAACGGGAAGGAUGAAGUACUGGUGGCGCAAGGACGAAACUCUACAGGAGGAUGGCUCUGGCAAGACUAGGCGAGCAGUGCAGGACGCCGCCCCGGGACACACCAUGGACGACCGGGAGUUUUGUAAAAGGCGCCUCGUCGGGCGCUGCUUCCGGUGUCUCGGCGUCGACCACCAAGUUGCACAAUGCAGGGACCCUGUUCGCUGCCUAAGGUGCAAGGGCUUCGGCCACAUCUCACGCCACUGCAGCUCCGCCCGGCGACAACCCAGCUCAGCCAAGCUCCGCUCCCAGCUCACCUUCCCGACCAGUAGCAUCCACAGCCGCCUAGCUUUCCACCACUCUGCUCUGCCAACCAUCCCAAAACGCCACCAUCUCAGAACACUCCAAACAACUCAAUACACCCACCACCAAAGGCCAGGGAGACAAAGGACGUGUCUGGCCAGACUGCCAACCGCCCAACGCUGGGCCGUGUCGCCAUCGUUCCGUGGUGCAGCCAUUGCCAGGCGCCAGCGGCACCCUGGUUGCAUUGCGAGCGUGACCAGGAUGACGACUUCGAGGGACCGCGACGAUGCAACGAACGACGCCGUUCGCGGUCACCAUUGCGUCGCGAUAAGAUGGGCACGGGUGACAGCACCCCUCAUUUCCCGAUUGUUCAAGGAGCUCCUGACACCCUCGCUGCCGACACCAGAUUCUCCUCCACCCCGAGCGACCCUCCCCCGCACACGCAAGCCGAGGAAGAAGAAGACAUUGCAAGCGACGCGCUCGAGCUUGCACCUGGCUGCCAAACCAUCUGCGGUGCCGGUGGCUCAGCGCGCACAACACAAGCUGAUGGGCGAACUAGAGUUCGUCAAUCCACAGCAACCGGCACCUGAUGCAGCAGUGACUGGAUACAUUGACUUGUAUGGUGCUGAUCUUCCAGAGCAGGCCAUCAAGGCAAUCAGGGCAGCAACACGCCUGGUCAACAAGGAGCUGGCGAAGGCCUUAGCGGCGAUGGUUGACGAAUAUGAUGCAGCGGAGAUGGAGGCCCAGUGA